AUGUGCUCCUCCUACGACCCCUCCCCGUCCCCGGGCGCCGACGACCUCCUCCUCUACCUCUCCGACCUCGGCCCCACCUCGCCCUCCGCCUACCUCGACCCCUCCUCGCCCUCCGAUUACCUCGACCUCCCGCCCACCCCGCAGCCCCAGCAGCAGCAGGGGAACAUAGCCCCCCCGCAGGACAUGCUGCUCCCCUACAUCUCCAGCAUGCUCAUGGAGGACGACAUCGACGACACCUUCUUCUACGACUACCCGGACAACCCCGUGCUCCUCCAGGCGCAGCAGUCCUUCCUCGACGUCCUCUCCGACGACGCCUCCUCCCCGACCACCGCCACCACCACCACCACCACCACCAAUAGCAGCGCCAGCGCCAGCGUCAACCACCACUCCUCCUCCUCCGACGGACCCGCCAGCGCGCCUCUCACCCCCGCCGCGGUCAAUUCCUACGCCCCGGCCCCCGUCGCCCAGUUCGACGGCUUCGACCUCGACCCCGCGGCCUUCUUCAGCAACGGGGCCAACUCCGACCUCAUGAGCUCCGCUUUCCUCAAGGGCAUGGAGGAGGCCAACAAGUUCCUGCCCACGCAGGACAAGCUCGUCAUCGACCUCGAUCCGCCCGACGACCCCAAGCGGUUCGUCCUCCCCACCCCCGCCCCCGCCGCGGACAAGCUCGCGCCCGGAUUCAACGCCGCCACCAUUGUCCCUGCGGCCGUGGCCGUGGCCGUCAAGGAGGAGGAGGUGGUCUUCGCGGCGCCUGGCAGCGGCGGCGGCGCCGUCGGGGGCCGCGGUCGGAGGAACCGCUUCGACGACGACGGCGACGAGGACCUGGAGCUGCAGCGCCGGAGCAGCAAGCAGAGCGCGCUGCAGGGGGACGGCGACGAGCGAGACGUCUUCGAGAAGUACAUCAUCACUGACCCCGAGAAGUGCACGGAGCAGAUGCAGAAUCUGCGGAUCGCCAUGCAGGAGGCGGCGGCCGCCGCCGCCGGGAACGGCAAGGCCAAGGGCCGACGCGGCGGGAGGGAUGUGGUGGACCUGCGCACGCUGCUCGUCCACUGCGCGCAGGCCGUCGCCUCCGACGACCGCCGCAGCGCCACCGAGCUGCUCAGGCAGAUCAAGCAGCACGCCAGCCCGCAGGGGGACGCCACGCAGCGCCUCGCCCACUGCUUCGCUGAGGGCCUCCAGGCGCGCCUCGCCGGCACCGGCAGCAUGGUGUACCAGUCGCUCAUGGCCAAGCGCACGUCCGUCGCCGACAUACUCCAGGCGUACCAGCUGUACAUGGCCGCCAUCUGCUUCAAGAAAGUCGUCUUCUGGUUCUCGAAUUACACCAUCUACAAUGCCGCGCUGGGCAAGAAGAAGAUACAUAUCGUUGAGUAUGGGAUCAAUUAUGGCUUCCAGUGGCCGUGCUUCCUGCGAUGGAUAGCGGAUAGGGAGGGUGGGCCACCAGAGGUGAGGAUUACUGGCAUUGACCUGCCCCAGCCUGGGUUCCGCCCUACUCAGCGCAUCGAGGAGACAGGGCGCCGGCUCAGCAAGUAUGCCCAGCAGUUUGGUGUGCCAUUCAAGUACCAGGCGAUUGCAGCAUCCAAGAUGGAGUCCAUCCGAGCGGAGGAUCUGAACUUCGAUCCAGAGGAAGUGCUCAUCGUGAACUGCCUAUACCAGUUUAAGAACUUGAUGGAUGAGAGUGUUGUGAUUGAAAGCCCAAGGGACAUUGUGCUCAAUAACAUCAGAAAGAUGCGGCCUCAUACAUUCAUACAUGCAAUUGUGAAUGGCUCCUUCAGUGCGCCGUUCUUUGUGACGAGGUUCCGGGAGGCUCUGUUCUUUUACUCGGCCCUGUUUGAUGCUCUGGACGCGACCACCCCAAGAGACAGCAACCAGAGGAUGCUGAUUGAGGAAAACCUCUUCGGGAGGGCUGCCCUGAACGUCAUUGCGUGUGAGGGUACAGAUCGGGUGGAGCGCCCUGAGACGUACAAGCAAUGGCAGGUGCGGAAUCAACGAGCAGGCUUGAAGCAGCAGCCGUUGAACCCUGAAGUCGUGCAGAUAGUGCGGAACAAGGUCAAGGAUUUGUACCACAAGGACUUUGUGAUCGAUGUUGAUCACCACUGGCUCUUGCAGGGAUGGAAAGGCCGCAUCCUCUAUGCCAUCUCAACAUGGGUGGCAAAUGAUGCUCCCUCUUACUUUUAG